GAGGGAGGGGAGGGAGGAUCUAGGACGGCUGCCAGCUGCUGACAGAAAGACACUGCAACACGCACACACCACAGGGAGAGGAGUGGAGAGAGAAAGAGAGAGAGAGACACGCAGGACCAGUAAAAGUUGCCUCAUUCGAACCAACAGUCAACAUGUCUAAGUACUCAGACUUGGAAGGUGCCAUCAACACGCUGGUCACCCAGUUCCACUCGGCGUCUUCCGACAACAGCGGCACGCUAAAAGUGGAUGAAUUCAAAGGUCUUUUGUCCUCUCAGCUGCCUAACCUGGGCAAGGCCUUCAUGUCAGAACAAGGACUGAGCGAGAUCAUGCGGAAGAUGGGCGUGGGCGACGGCGAGGGCAUCUCCUUCUCACACUUCUGGAACCUGAUCCAGAAUCUAGCCACCACGCAGCACGGCCUCCUCGGCGGCAACAAGGGCUCCUCGUGCAGCUGCAUCCUCCUGUGAAGGCCCCUCCUCGGCACAAAAAAACACCCCCAGCUCUUGAGGUUCCAUCCUGGAGCUUCUAGAACCCAGUCUGAAUACAGUAGAUGUCAAAGCCCACGUGCAAGGCAUUCCAACAUUUUUAUACACUAUCUUCUCUGUCUCUCAGACAGGUUUUAACAUUUCCAUCACACAAAAUAAACGUUCCAAUGCAGUCUCUCUGACCAAACCAAUCCAUUUUUAGUGUUUUUUCCAUUAAUAAUCUUUCACCAGCAGAGCCUCCCUCAUUUUUCUGGUGCUCCUAACAAAAAACAGGAAGAAUAUUCAGUAAAUAAAUACCUCUGGUCAUACCCACAAUGCAUCUAUGGUGUAUUUCAAAUGUAAUGGAUACAAAAGGCCACAGAGCUCUAAUCAUUAACUCACCCUUCCCUCCCAAAUUUAUCUUCACUUUGCUUUUCAUGUAUAGUUAGGGUGUUAUGUUUACUUUUUUUAAUGCAUUUUAUUGGCAGUUGGAGGACAUUAAACCAGUUUAGAAAUAAUCCUGGAAUAAAUUGACCUCAGGGUAAAUUGUAAUUGACUUUAACAGAAACUCGCAGUGUUCCACCGCUUCUCAUCUCGAAACACACGCUCGUGCAAACACCUGUGAAACAUCUCAAAUGUGUCCCUUUCGUCAUUCUGCAUUGGCUUUGUAUUUAUAUUUUGUAAUUCCCUGUAACCUGAGCUGUGUGACACUAUCGGAAAAUGAUGUAUGAAGCAUAUAAAGAAAAUAGCAAUACUUAAAUGCA